AUGUUUAAAUUUAUAUUGCCAACCGCUUUGUUAGCUACUUUUGUAUAUUGUAGUGAACCAGGCCUAAAUAGACGCCCAAAUAAAGUUCGAAUAUCUGUAGGUUUAAAUGAACCAGAAGAAGGUGAUGAAGAAUAUUUAAAUAUUAUUAAUGAUUCUUUAGCAAAAGAAGGUGAAAAUGAUUUUGAUAAUCCAAUUUCAAAAGAAGGAUAUUCUUUUAUUAUAACAGAUUGGCAUGUAUGUAUAGAUAAUGGUUCUAGAGCGGUUCAACGGGUAUUAGAUCCUCAAAAUCAAUUUAGAUUAGAUGCAGCACUAAAACAGUAUAAAUUGAUGACUAUGAUAAAUUUAUAUGAAUUAAAUAUAAUCAAUCAUGAUUUAAACCGUGAAUUAGAUUAUAAAGAAUCAGAUUUUGGAACUGUAAUGAACAAAUUUGGUAAUGAAUUAAAAGAUAUAUUUUUUAAAAAAAGUAAAAUUAUGUUAAGUAAUGCAGUGAGAGAAGUAUAUAGAUGUUUGAAUACAAUUAUAAAUAAUUCAACUAUUCGUGUUUCGGGGCUAGUUAUUAAAAAAAAAAUAUCUAGAGAUCUACCACAUCCAUUAGGUUUUAAAUUUGAGUUUACAUUUGGAAAUAAAAGAGCAAGUCAUAUUCAUCUCGAAAGUUAUACUUUUUAA